AGCUGAAGCUGAUCGAUCGCUGUGCCCAUUCACUUCUCUUUGACACCCAACCUCUCUUGCUACAUUCUCAUAGCCGACAUGGACACCAUCACCAUCCCAACAGCUGCAGACAUGCACAUCCAUCUGCGCCAGGGUUCGCUGAUGAACAUGGUGACACCCGCCGUUGCGGAAGGAGGGGUCUCGAUUUGCUACGUCAUGCCCAAUCUCCAGCCUACGAUCUCGACGACUGAGAUGGCUCUUGCAUAUAAGGCCGAGCUCGAGCAGCUGGCGCCCAAGGUCACCUUCCUCAUGUCUCUUUACCUCAACCCCGCAUUGACUCCCGAGGAGAUCAAAAAAGCUGCCAAGGCUGGUGUUCGCGGCGUCAAGUCGUAUCCCCGCGGAGUUACAACCAACAGUGAAUCGGGUAUUGAGAGCUACGACAUUUACUACCCCGUGUUCAAGGCUAUGGAGGAAGAAGGCAUGGUCCUUAAUCUUCACGGUGAGAUCCCCAGCGAUGCUGAUAAGAACGUGUGUGUGAUGAAUGCAGAGGAAAAGUUCUUGAGCCAUCUGAAGGACAUCCACUUGGCGUUCCCAAAGCUGAAGAUCAUUCUGGAGCACGCCACGACAGAGGCGGCGGUGAACAUGGUUAAGUCCCUGGGCGAGACCGUUGGCUGCACGAUUACGGUGCAUCACCUGCAGCUGAUUGUUGAUGACUGGGCUGGCAAGUGCCACAACUUUUGUAAGCCCGUUGCCAAGUUCCCAAGUGACCGGGCUGCCCUCCGCAAUGUGAUCAAAGAAGGACAUCCUCGCUUCUUCCUCGGAACGGACUCGGCACCACAUCCAUCCCAUAAGAAGGAAGGACCUGAGGCAUGCGCGGGAGUGUUCACGACACCCUUGGUUCUGCCAUACUUGGCGACGAUCUUGGAGUCCAUUGGUGGGCUGGACCGACUGAAGGAUUUUGCAUGCGACUUUGGACGCAAAUUUUAUGAGGUCAAGGACGAAAAGUGGGUUGGGCAGGUCAAGCUUGUACGUGAGUCGUGGGCGACGCCGAUGAGCUAUCGUUUUGGCGAUGCGGGUGUGGAUGGAGAGCAGGGCGAAGUUGUUCCGUUCAUGGCGGGUAAGCAAUUGGCGUGGAAGAUUGCAUCGAUUGAGUGAACAGGAGGACUUGAGGGAAUGAAUAAAUCAAGGGAGUAUUUUGCAGACAGUGUGUGCGAUAUAUGAUGCAAGGGUAAAAUGUAUUGCAUGCAGAUGUUAUCACGAUGUACAGAGAGGACAACCUUGAUUGCUGAAGAUCACGCGCGGAUGUUCGUAAAUUGCGAAAUAAAACCCUAAAAUCAAACAAAUCGGAAGGAACAGGAAAAGAAAGAAAAGACUAGGUGAAGAGUAAGAGAGAGUGAGAGAGAGUGGACGAGAUUGAGGGUGAGAGUAGCCGUUGGGGUUGGGAGGCGGGAGCAGAGCAGCGAAGGAUAGGAUGGCUAAGGGAGGAGUGAAAAUGGGCCGGAAUGGUGUGCACAUGUCGUGCUGGGAUGGUUGCACAGAAUCACAAGAAAAGCUGAAGAGGCAGUAUUGCAUUGGGUGGUCUGACCAUUCGAUAGAUACACAGACAGUUGCUGCUAUGCGACGCAGCAAGCAUCUGGAUUCCCC